ACAUGAAGAGGCGCUGAAGAAACCUCAAGAUCGUCAAGACAUAAGCGCAAGAGGAAAAUUUCGGUGACAGAUCCCCGACAUUUCGCCGACGGAUACCAUACGGAUGUGCUGAAGUCAACUGGACGAACACAACGGAACAAUUGCAUUAUGUUUAUGGUCAUUUCACUCGUACUGCUCCUCGGAACCGUCCAGGGAAAUUAUAAAGACAUACCAUACGAAAAUUCAGCUGGACUUUACUAUGAAGAGGUUGGAACAGUUAAGUUAUAUUCAACUGAGUGGCGAAUAGUAACUUUUCUUGACUUGAGUCAUUUUUUCGACCAAUUAGACAGAAUAGCGAUACUCUCGGAAAAGGUUAAAGCAGCGUGCAGGACGGAUGGUAGUAGAAUGAUAACAUGCAGAAAGUAUUUAGACUCAUUAGAUCAUGUAGUGAUAGGACUCAAAGAAAAACAAACUGAUUUGCAAGAUUUUCUUGGCUUUUACGACGCAUCCGAACCUAAGAGCAAUAGAAAUAAGAGAGGGUGGUUCGACGGAAUAGGACAUGUUUUCCAAGAAAUUUUUGGUUUGGUUGAUAACGAGGACGGGGAAAGGUUUGAUGCGGAAAUUGAAAAGCUAACCAAAGGAGAAAGAAAAACCCUCGAAUUGGUUAAAGAACAAGCAACAAUAGUAUCAAGCACGAUCCAAAAUUUCAAUGACACGGUCCAACAUCUUAAUAAGAACGAGGCGAUGAUUAACAAAAAUCUGAAGGAUAUUGAUGAUUCAAUGACGAUGUGUAAACUGAUCAAGAACGACUAUUGGAUCUGCAGACAAACGCAACCAGUAUUCCUAACUCACGCUAGCAGUAGCUGCGAAGUCUCAUUGUUCCUCAAUGCAAGUCCAAUUCCAGAAACAUGCGAUAUCAGACUGGCAGAAUUAACAAAUCCAUUAUGGAUUCAAAUUCAGAAACAAAACAAAUGAUUAUACGUCCUACCGAAACCCGAAUUACUUACAGUAAGUUGUUCCGUGAACGACCACAUACAAGACAU